UGGAGAGCAAGUGACCGACCCUUCGACAAUAUCAACCCUCGACUCGCAAAAGUUCGACUUUGCUCUUGUGCAGCGACUCGGACUCUGCUCUUUACUCUGCAUCGUUGACAUCAGUUACUUCUUAGUCUCUCGAUUUCUUCGCCGCGAUUCUUUCCAAUACAUCAAGUCUUUGGUCCAGCGCAUUUUGUCGUGAGACAACCGCACCGCACCGCACCCCCGAAAACUGUUCUUGCAACAUUUGCGCACUCUACAACCACCGUCCUUUCUCUCUCAGCAUCUCCAAUCUGAUUGAGAGAAUCAUCAUCAAGAUCGGCCAUCAUGGCGAGAACUAAAACCAGUGUCGCUGACACACGCGCUUCGCCGCCGCCAGCGCAGCUUCCAGCCAUUGCGCCGUCAGAUCCAAUUCCUACUCCUGCUACUUCGGAACCUGUCGUGGCCAGCGCAGAGGAUAGAACCUGUCAGCAUUGCAAUGCUACCAUGGAAAACAUGUCCAUUGAGGACUUCGAGAGUCACGUGUCUAGUUGCUCUGGCAUCACUGAGUUUACAAUUACUCCUGCCAGUGGUACCUUGACAAGCAGCCUCUCUCCUCCACCCAAGACUCCAGCCGCUCUCAGUGCCAGCAAUACGCCUACUCAAAAUGCUGAGCAAGUUGAUGACGUCCCCAAAGCUCUCCCUGCCGACCCUGGACUCGUAACUGCUGAGCCAAACGGCUUAGCUGAUGACUCCAAUUCUGUGGCUAAUGCUGGCCAUCACAUCAAUGCAGUUGACGAGUCAGCUAUCGAGGAUGACGAAGUCAGCGAGACCAGCUCUAUCUCUCCAUACAUCUGGCAUGAGAGUGUGUUCUACGACUCUGACGAGGACGAAGAAGCAUCCGCCGUUGAGAUCGUCAGCAGGAGAUCGUCCAAAUCCUCAGCCAGAAGUUCAACAAAAAACUCCGCCAGAAGCUCUGCCAAAUCAUCAAGAAAAUCCUCAGUUGCUUUCUCCGAAGCUGAAGACUCCCAAAACACUCUGGGUCCCAAUGGCGCCCAAAGCAUGCAAGCUUCUCAAAACAGCAACAAAUCCAGAUCAUCUCGAACUCUCACGGAUGCCGAUCAACCACAGCCAUCACAAAGCUCCGAGAUUCCUGAUGUAGUCAUUACCGAGGUGUUCGCCAAUUCAGAGACUCCCAAGGUCUGGAAAUCCAUCUUGAAGAACCCAUGUGGCCAGAAUCAAAAGCCCGCUAGAUCCGGUUCAAUGUCAAGAUCAACUCGGUCCGGUUCAAUCCCCAAGUCUGUCCGUUCAGGUUCGAUUCAUAGGUCUGUUCAGUCUGGAUCAGUCCCGCAGGUCACUCCUAUGCGCCGGAAGAAGAAGCCCGCAUCUGUUAAGCAAGGAUUCCCUAAACUAACUCCUAUCGAGGCCUUUGAAGAGUAUCUUGCGAAGCCUGAAGCGAUGACAUAUGAGCUGCUCUAUCACAAAACGGAGGUAGUCGCAAAUGCUUUGCUCUUACUUCAAGAAGAGUACGACAUAUUAGACAAGAAGACCGACGAUUACGAUGCCUCCAAGAAGUUCCAGGCGAAGAUGGCGGCUGAAGCCAAGAAGGAGCAAGAUGACAAGGAGGCAGCAGAGACUGAUGCCAUUCUUCUCAGACUUCAUGCUCAGUAUAGGGAAGAGGUCAAGCAGCCACUGAGAGAUUACAACGUCUGGUUGGAUCAACUUCAGGCUUCCUCGAACCCCGAUACUACCCCUCCAGGACAUUGGGAGUUUAUGAAGCAGAUCAAGAAUCCCGAAGUCAUGUCUAAAGUCCACAAGCGUCGUCGACAAUUGGAGAAGCAAGAAGCCAAGCCUACUCAUCACCUUGAAGAUGUCCCCCUACCAGCUUUGAGAAAGGGUGAUGAGGAAGUUCGCAAGAGACGCAACAUCCUAGUCGACCCAGUUGUCUUCGAAGAUCGGAAGACCGCUGAUGUCUACAUGGCUGAUUACAGCAAGCACAAGGAUGCCAUCGGCUACCAGGUUCUCAAGGAUCGUCGUGCAAUUGUUGUCACUGAGGACAAGGAUGAGAACGGCCGACCAAAGCGAAGCCGAGGUAAGCGUGCUUACGACACUGAACAAACCAACACUCCAGGUGGUUCGGACUCAGAAGAGGCUCCCCUUGGCAAGCGCAGACGCACUGCUAGGGUUGUCCAGGAUUUGCCUACCUCACCUGCUCGUCGGCGAACAGCAACUCGUGAAGGCAGCCCAAAGGUCUCGGUCUUCCCUAAGUCUGGUAAGAGAAUUGGUCGGCCACCAAAGGCAAGGGGUGAGGUUCUCCCACCAGUACCAAAAUCCGCUUCCAAGUCCAAGCUUCAACAAUCGCACCUCCCACCUAUUUCUGAACCAGCACAGAGCUCUGAUUCGGAAGAUGAACUUGCCGACGCCCAAACACCCAGAGAACUCGAGCCGAUUGAAGAGGCAGAACUUCAAGAGGCAGCCGAGGCUCUCGUUCAUCAAACCCAAACAGCAGCUAUUGCACCUGCCAAGCCCAAGCAUGCAGGAGGAAGACCAAAGAAGAUCAUCCUCAAUGUGAAGAGUGGUGAUGAGGCUACAGAGGUCAAGCCAAGCCCAAAGAAGGGAGGUCGUGCAGCUGCGAAGCCUAAGGCGGGUCGAGGUGGACGUCCAAAGAAAGAAGUUAAUGCGCUGAUUGAGCAAGCCCAAUUUGGUGAGGAGAACGAUGUUAUUCAAUCUACUGAACAAGAUGACGAGUCUCGUUUCGCUUCUGCAUCUACUUCUCGGCCUACCACAUCGUCAUCGGCCAUGACUACAUCUACUGGUCGCCCUUCGAGAGCAGCUACUCGCGAAAUGUCUGCACAACUCGGUGCGUCAACUACCAAAGGCAGAGGUGGCAAGCGCAAGCGUGUCGUUGAGAAUGGGGCAGCCGAAACUACUCAAUCGGCUUCUUCUGUUUCCAAGAAACGCAAGACUACUACAAAGAAGCAAGAGACUGCCACAGAGGUCCAUGAAAAACGACUAGUAACACCAGAAGCCACUGGCGAAGCAGUUGCUGAGGGCUCUGUUACUGCAAGUGGACGUCCAAAGCGAAAGAAGGCUUCUGUACUACCAGAUUCCAUCUAUGUUGCUCUUCCGGGCGACGGAGAAGACUUCGCUCAGGAUGACGAGAGCGAGCCUCCACCACAAAAGCGGCGCAGGGGCGGCAAGACAGCUCGUCCUGCCAGAAAGAACAAGACUUUCAAGGAUGAAGCCACCGAAUCUGAGUACUUCAGUGAGGCUGCAGAAGAUGCUCCUCCGCGACCAAAGAAGCAUAUGAUUCGCGUCGGCCUCCAGAGAAAAGUCGUUGGACUUAUCGCUGGGGAAAUUCAAGCCGGCUUCGAGUUCUCGGAACAAUAUGGACCUGAGUCCAAUCAGACAUACUAUUCUAAAAGCAAAGGAAAAGAGGUCGAGCCAUAUACACCUGAAGAAGCAGGUAACUCGUCAGCUGCAAAUGGUAAAGCGACGCCUCAUCAAGGCUCUGAGAUCCCAAGUGGUGUCCAGACGGGUGAUGAAACUGACGGUCUCAGCACAAACUCCAAGACAGCUGUCAAGCGAAAGAGUAAAGCUGGAAGCUACACUCCUAAUCUUGAGAGCGGAGCAGAGCAGUCGGGUCAUGAUGGGGAUGGAGAAGAUGGGAAUAUGUCCGCUGCUCAAGAGGAGGCUAGAAAGAAGGCACAGAAGAGCCGCAAGCUUGCCGAAGCCACAAGAGAGCGAUGGGCGAAGGGCUUGAUGAAGGGUCCUAUGGAGAAGAGAGCUGCUACGAAUGCUGCCAAGAAGGCUGCGAAGGAUGCUGCCAAAGGUGGUGUUUCAAACAGUGGUGUCCCAGCCUCAUCCUUCACUCCCAACCCAUUCUUCUCAGUUCCUCCCAAUCCCUCUCAACCGAUGACAUUCGACAAUCCGCCCACAUUCUCCGCAGCACCACAAAACCCUUUCAGCAACCCGGCAGCUAACAACGCUGACAUGUACGCUUCUCUCGAUGCCAUUACAUACCAUGGUGCACCUCUCCCACCUCCCACGACUACGACAUUCGUCCCUGUCACCGUCACUCCCUCAAAUGCGGUACCACGCAAACCCAGAGCACCAGCAAAAAAGAGAAAGACGGCCACCCAAACUUCUGUCCCCAACGACAUUACCGCCUCGGUAUCGUCUUCACAGCAAAUGUCUUCCCAGCAACCGUCCUUCACGAACAACACUUCUACACCCGCCACAAACACAAAUUCCUCCGCAUCUGCAUCUACAUCCAGUGGAGCUCCAGCCCCAACUCGAGGCAGCACACGCGUCCGCAAACCAACACGUCUUGCCAUGGGUAUGGAUGGUACUGUUGAUGAGGAGGACUCACCACACCAGUUCCGCAGCGAGUAUGAGCGUUACCAAGCUCUCACUUCGCCACGCAGUCCGUUGACGCUGGGAAAGCGCAAGCGCAAGUCUAUCAUGGAUCUCUCGGCUAUGAGAGAUGACGAUGAUGACGAUGAUGAUAUCUUUGAUUAGGAGAAGGGAGGAGACCGAAGGAGGGGGAGCAAUAUUAGAGAGGCGCUUGGUAUCCAUUCGCGCUGUUCUCUUGCACAUCAUCACAUACAUACACGCAUACACAGGAGCGUGCAUAUCCAGAUCCACAGGUUGGAUUGAUAUUGUACCUUGGGGCGGAUUGAGUCACACUAAAAAGUUUAGCGUUUAUUCCCUUUGUUUUUUCCUUUGUUCUUACACGAGGCCCUUGUCACGCGCUACUUACCUGCCUAUACUCAUGAGAGAAAUGACUUCAUGACGGAAGGGAGAGAAGGCACUUUUGAUUUCUUGAGGGAGUUGGGAAGGGAAUGACGGAGGUUGGAGAUUUGUAUAGAGAGCGAUGGGAUGGAUAGAGAAAUGCAUUUCUGUAAAGACAAUGAGAAAGUAAGAUGUUUAUCGAGUGACUCUGGCUGGGACUUUGAAAAUAGACU